AUUCGCGCAGCGUAUAGCGUUUGUAUGUUUGUAACUACGUGCCGUCUCAUGGUGACACAAAAGUCUCAUCACACAUCAACAUCAAUGCAACACCCGUGUAAUUUUUUGGGCGCGUUUUACGCAAUGCUUUUUCCGCAAAUCUCAAAACGACUGCUUUCCACGUCUCUUCCACGCAAGAUGAUUAUCAAACCCGUUCCCUGCCUCAAAGACAACUACGCAUAUCUGUUAUUGGAUCCGCAAGCAAACCAGGCUGCCGUGGUAGAUCCCGUUGAACCUAACAAAGUCUUAGCAGCUUUGGCCGAGUACCCUGAGUAUAAGCUUUCUGCAAUCCUCACGACGCACCAUCACGCGGAUCAUGCUGGUGGCAAUCUUCAAUUGUUGAAGGAAUUCCCUGACUUGCCCUGCUAUGGUGGUUCCGACAAAGUUUCUGGGGCAAACCACAUUGUCGGUCACAAGGAGAGCGUCAAGGUCGGUUCCUUGGAGGUCGUGCCGUUGUCGACGCCUUGUCACACCAUGGACCAUACUUGUUACUACAUUUCAGAUAAUGGAAAGCAAGCUGUGUUUACUGGUGACUGCAUUUUUUCUUCCGGAUGUGGGCGAUUCUUUGAAGGCACGGCAGAGGAUAUGUGGAAAUCAAUCCGUACGGUGGCCGAGCUACCAGAUAGCACGUCCAUGUACUUUGGUCAUGAAUACACAGUUUCCAACCUUAGAUUUGCAGAGCAUAUUGAAUCAGAUAACAAGGAGAUCAAAGAAAAGAUGGCAUGGGCUCAACGUGUUGGCUGCACUACCCCGUCGACCAUUCAAAACGAGAAGUUAACGAAUCCUUUCUUCCGUGUCGAACAGAAUUCGGUACAAGAGCGCGUGCUUGGAAAAGGGAACAAGGCAUCUGCAGAAGAGGUGCUCGGUAAAAUUCGACAAAUGAAGGACAGCUUUUGAAAGAAACACAGUUUCUGAAAGCAAUUACAAAGAUGUAGUAGUGGUGAGAUGAUAGUAUUUCUAGUGUAAUUUAUGCUUGGUUUUCUAUACGUGCAUACCGAUUUAUAUUGUACAAACGAUUACAACAACCUUGCUUAGAUUUAUAUAGAUAUAUAAAGAUCAUCCGCCACGGCCACGUUGGCUUUAAAAGCUCCUUCACCUUUUAUAAUGAAUUCAUCAGGAGAGGAAGUAGUGAUUUGUAUCUGAUACUAGCACAUGAGAUACACAUAAAAGUCCUAAUUUAUGACCAGCAAGCUUAUAGACGUUGCGCUUAUUUGCUAGUCACUAUUAAGUCGUUAUCAUAUCCAGCAUAUCUAGAAUAAACGAGUAAAGUGAUGUUUAAACUAUUUAUGAGAACUUUAUCUUUGAGUUAGAAUUUGUUGCUUUUGGUCAACCGCCCUCAAAGAUGCUGUAAUGUGAAUUAUGUGAGUAAGCAAUACACACACGCAAAAGGUAC